AUGGGCUGGAUCAUGGGCGGGAGGAUGUUCAAGACAGAUCUCGACUCGUCUAUCGACAAGGUCUUGGCCAAGGACAGGGAUGCAAUUGGAACACUCAAGGAGAUUAAGAACAUGAUUACUGGAACCUCUCAAGCUAAUCGUGUUGUUCUUGUUACUGACUCCACCACUCGAGGGUUUGAAGCUGGUAUUUCCAAGGAUGGACAAACCCGUGAGGAUGCUCUCCUGGGUUUCACACUUGGUGUCGAGCAAAUGAUUUGCUGUUGCGAUAAGAUGGAUUCCACAACUCCAAAAUACUCAAAAGCAAGGUACAAUGAAAUUGUGACGGAAGUCUCCUUCAAAAUACUCAAAGGACACUUGGGAUUAAAGGUCAGCAACAACAAACCAGUCAUGGUUAAGAUGGGAUCUAAAAGGCUUUUUGAUACUGAAAAGUUCCCUGAGCUUCACAGUAAGCACCCAAGGAAGCUUGAGUAUAGCAAUAUGCUGGAUUUGUAUGAUGAACUUGUUUCUUGUGAUAAUGCCCCACAAGAACCUAUUAUUUUAGGGGAGGAUGAGGACUUUCAUAAAUUUCAGUGGCAUGAGGCACAUGAAAAUGACAUUGUCACAAAUGUUUCAAAUUUAGUUGACAAGGGUUUCCAUUAG